CAACAUACUUACUUAGACCUUAAGCCAAGCACCAUAAUAGAAUCAAAUGAAUCCCCUCUGUAUUCAAACUUGAAAAAUAAAUUAAUCCUAAAAUCAUAACAUUUCUUGUAAAUCCUAGCAAACCCAUGUGACAUUUCCACAUAGCCACCCUUACAACACAUUUUUUCCAUAUAUAAAAUUACAGAUUUUUCAGUUAUAUUCUUCAUUUUCCCAGUUUUAUUCAAUCUUGAAAAACCCAAAAAAAAAAAUUCCUAAACCCAUCUCAUAUUCUUGUAAAUCCUCACAACCCCACUUGAAAUUUCCACUUACAAACCCCAAAAACACAAUCUUUGACACACCCAUAUAAAAAAAAUUACAGAUUUUUAAUAGUUCUAUCACUGGAUUUUCAUUUUCCCCAGUUUUAUCUUGAAACAAUCAAAAGAUCCUAAACCCAUCAAUUUCAUGUAAAUGAUUGCAACCCCACUUCAAAUUUCCAUCUAAAUACCCUAAAGACACAAUUUUUUAAAAAAUUACAGAUUUUUCAUAGUUCUUGAUUUUCAUUUUUCCCAGUUUUGGUUGUGAGAAUUUUAGCUUAUUCUUGUAAAUUCUCACAGCCCCAUUUGAAAUUUCCACUUACAAACCUCAAAGAAACAAUCUUUCACACAUACAUAUAUAAAAAGUACAGAUUUUUAACAGCUCUUGAUUUUCAUUUUUCCCAGUUUUGGUUGUGAGAAUUUUAGCUUAUUCUUGUAAAUUCUCACAGCCCCAUUUGAAAUUUCCACUUACAAACCUCAAAGAAACAAUCUUUCACACAUACAUAUAUAAAAAGUACAGAUUUUUAACAGCUCUUGAUUUUCAUUUUUCCCAGUUUUGGUUAUUGUGGGGAGUUAGAUAAUAAAUGUCAGUUACUUGCGGAGUAGAAUGUGUUGUAGUGUUAGGAUGUAUGCGUUGGGUAUGGAAACGUUGUACUUACAUAGGCAAUGAUGACAGUGCCACGUGGCAAUCAGCAAACUAUGAAGAAUUUGAACCUGUUCCCCGUCUUUGCCGUACAAUUCUUGCUGUCUAUGAAGAUGACCUUCAUGACCCCAAAUUUCCACCUGAAGGAGGCUAUAGGCUAAACCCUGAUUGGGCUGUGAAGAAAGUUGCAUAUCAAGAAACACUUGGUAAUGCUCCACCUUAUUUGAUUUACCUUGAUCAUGAACACCAUGAAAUUGUUGUAGCCAUAAGGGGUUUAAAUUUGGUGAAAGAAAGUGAUUAUAAAGUUUUGAUGGAUAAUAAGCUCGGGAAGCAGAUGUUUGAUGGUGGGUAUGUGCAUCAUGGUUUGUUGAAGGCAGCAAUUUGGAUGUUGAAUAAGGAGUCUGAGACUUUGAAAAGGCUUUGGGUUGAAAAUGGGAAGAGUUACAAGUUGAUAUUUGCUGGUCAUUCUUUGGGUUCUGGAGUUGCAUCAUUGUUGACUAUAAUUGUGGCGAAUCAUGGGGAUAGGUUAGGGGGUAUUCCAAGGAGUUUAAUAAGCUGCUAUGCUGUUGCUCCUGCUCGGUGUAUGUCACUCAACUUAGCUGUUAAGUAUGCUGAUGUUAUACACUCAGUAGUUUUGCAGGAUGAUUUCUUACCACGAACACCCACCCCACUGGAAGAUAUAUUCAAAUCCGUCUUCUGUUUACCCUGCUUGUUAUUUAUGGUAUGCUUGAGAGAUACCUUCAUACCUGAAGGUAGGAAGCUCAGAGAUCCGAGAAGAUUAUAUGCGCCUGGCCGAAUGUAUCACAUUGUUGAGAGAAGAUUUUGCAGAUGUGGGAGAUUCCCUCCAGAUGUUAGAACAGCCAUCCCAGUUGAUGGAAGAUUUGAACAUAUUGUGCUGUCAUGCAACGCAACGUCUGAUCAUGGAAUUAUUUGGAUACAAAGAGAAUCAGAAAAGGCAUUAGCGAGGCUCAAGGAGGUUAGUGCUGAGACCACGACUACCCCACCACCAGCGCAGAAAAUCGAAAGGCAGCACACACUAGAAAAAGAACACAAGAAGGCACUAGAAAGAGCUGUCACUUUAAAUAUUCCACACGCCGUGCCAACAGAUGCAGAUGAUCAGGAAUCCUCAGUGCACGUGCAUAAAGAGGAAGAAUCCACGACAGAGGCAGCUUCUCUCAUAGAAGGCGAAGACGCUUCCACAAGCACAGGCCAUUCCACUGAUGCAAGAACUAACUGGAAUGAAGUAGUUGAAAAGCUUUUCGCGAAAGAUGAAACGGGGAACUUGAGAUUGAAGAAAGAAGCAAGUGGUACUGAAUAACAACUCCUUUUGAAGAUGUUUUCUCUAUUCUUUCCUUUUUCUUCAAAAUUUUGUGAUGCUUGAAGAAAAGUAUUAGUCAUGUUUCCACAAUUCUUUCUAUCCAUAAGUCCUGUACAUUUUUCUUUUGUAAAACACUAUCUGAAAUAGAAUGUACAAUCUAAAGCCCCAGAGAGGGGAAUAGAAACCGAAGCAUAAAGAAAUGAUGAUUGGUUGUAGUUGCAUUUUUAUUUUGUUUUGUUUUGUAUGUGAAAUGCCUGAGUUGGCUAAA